AUGGUUCGUCAUCUUGUCAGCUGGUCCAUUCUGGCCGUGAUGCUCGCCGCCCUCGUCAGCGUCGUCAUGACAUGCCCGCCCCAACCAGUACCCUUCCCCAGAAAGGAUCUCAAGAUCAAGCCCGGCACAAAAGAGAAGCCAGUCUGCAACAACAACCAAUGGGACCCCCCUCCCGAGGGCGUAAUCUGCGGCGGACAAGGAUGGCUCCUGGACCCGAUAAAGAAAUGGGGCUUCAUCAAGGACCAAACGGAUUUCUACUGGGGACCAAAUGAGUGUUACAAGAGUUGUUUCAAAAAGCGAACCCACGCUGGAGACUGCAAAAUCUUUGCUGUCUGGCCUGGCCUUAGAUGUGAAAAGUAUGAGAAGAAGAUCCCUAGAGAUAGAUUGGAGAAUUCGACGACGGCAUUCAGAUGGUACGAGCCGAAAUGUUUCUGCAAUAUUACCAAGGAUUGGAUAGAGUGA